AUAGAUGACACGUCGGUUGCCACGAGUUUAGUCGCCCUCAGUCUCGCGAUGCAGACGAAUCGGGAUUAAGAUCUAUACUUUCUCCGUUCUUCAGUGAAGUUUUUUCACCCUUAUCGGAUAGAGGGACUUUACGAUGAAGCGGCAGGCUCUAGAGCUGAUCACGGGACUUCUUGUGGUCCAGCUGCUGUUGCCCUUGCCGAAUCAAGUGAAUGCCGUAAAAAAGCGGUUGAGGAAACAAAGAUCCAAGCCGCAGGAGCUUCAAGGUCAGCAGCCUGGCACCGAUUACGAUUAUGAAUUUUACGAUAAUUACGACGAAUACGAGGAAAAGAACGAGACGACAACGUUACCACCGUCGCGAUUUUCAGGAUGGCCAGAAGCACCGGAAACAUUUUUGAGACGAGGAACACCUACAGAUCUACCGGCUCCCACGACAACUCAAUUUUCUGAUCAUAAGGAGACUAGUUCGACAUCUGACCAGGAUCAUUCAGUUUCACCUACGGAGAUCUUGCCGGGAGAAAGUAUAUACAGUUCUGUAGCUAUACCAGGACCACGGGGUGAUCCUGGUCGACCUGGAGACGCUGGCCGUCCUGGAGAUGUAGGAUUUCCUGGACAACCCGGUAUCCCUGGAACUCCGGGAUCACCUGGACUUCCAGGACCUGUACCUGAUGUAUCUCUAUAUUAUCAACAAUUGGCUUUGUCUCAAGCAAAUGAAGAUAAAGGUCCAUCAGGUGCAGCAGCGUCUUUAUAUGGACCAGAGGCUUACUUUCAAAUGCAAGUAGGCCCGAUGGGUCCUCGAGGUCCUCCAGGUGCACCCGGUGCUCCUGGUCCUCAAGGUUUUCAAGGUGCACGAGGUGAAAGCGGCGAAAUGGGUCCGCCAGGUCCUCCAGGCACAUCAGGUCCUAGGGGCUUACCAGGACUGCCUGGAAAAGACGGUAUCAAUGGAGAAGAUGGUGAGACCGGUUCACCAGGAUCGCCUGGUUCUCCCGGACCACGUGGUCUUCCAGGAAUACCUGGACUUCCAGGGCUAAAAGGUCAUCAUGGUUUUCCUGGUCUAGAUGGUGCCAAAGGUGAACAAGGAGUUUCUGGUGAAAAAGGAUCUACGGGCUCGCCUGGGCCGAUGGGACCAGUAGGAUCGAUGGGUCCAGCAGGACCUCGCGGUGAAAGAGGUAGAGAAGGUCCACCAGGUCCUCCCGGAUUGAGAGGUCUCGACGGAAUUGCUGGAUCACCUGGACAACCUGGUGCUGUAGGUAAAUCUGGCUCACCAGGCUUUCCAGGUAAUCCUGGAGUCAAAGGUGAUCAAGGACCAGAGGGACCGCCAGGAAGUCAGGGUUUACAAGGUCCGCGAGGCGAAAGUGGCCGUCCAGGACAACCUGGUGAGACUGGUCCACAAGGUCCUCAAGGUAAAGAUGGAACACCUGGUGAGAAGGGAGCCACUGGAUCAGUAGGACUCGUUGGUGUACCUGGAUUUCCGGGCGCUCGAGGUCAACCCGGAACACCGGGUAAUCCUGGAAUUUCUGGCGCUAAAGGAGCACCUGGACUUCCUGGUGAUAGAGGUUUUAAAGGAGAUGCUGGAGUGAAAGGUGAUCCUGGAAUGCCUGGUCCGCGUGGACUUCCAGGACCUCCUGGAAAUGAGGGCAAAAGAGGCAAAAGAGGUAUGCGUGGGCCAAUUGGUGCUGCAGGACCUCUUGGAGAACGUGGCGCACCUGGUGUACGUGGUCUUCCUGGCUCGGAUGGUCCCGUCGGAUCUAAAGGACAAUCUGGUGAUCGUGGCCCUGCGGGAGUUGUUGGACCCAAAGGUGCUACUGGAGAUCCUGGACGACCUGGACCGUCAGGAUUACAAGGUGCACGUGGUUUAAUGGGAAGGCCUGGAGCCUCUGGGAAACCAGGUAAUCCUGGAGAACGUGGAAUUCAAGGUGCAGAUGGCAAACCUGGAGAACAGGGACCACCUGGACCGCAGGGUUUACCAGGACCAUUAGGAUUACCAGGGGAAAGAGGAUAUCCUGGAGAACGUGGAAAAGAUGGUGAACCUGGAAAUCCAGGUUCGCCUGGUCCAAGGGGAGAUAUCGGUAAAGAAGGACCUCCUGGAGUACAGGGUCCACCAGGACCACCAGGAAGCGACGGCGCACGAGGUCUUCCGGGAGUUGUCGGCCCUAGAGGUUUUCAAGGUCUUCCAGGCGCAGCCGGUAAUCCGGGCGUUCCUGGUAAGGACGGAGAAGCAGGAGUACAAGGACCUUCCGGUCCGCCGGGAUUAGUGGGUAAUAGAGGAGAGCGAGGAUUUCCGGGAGAAAGAGGGCUCAUGGGACCUCCAGGGCCUAUGGGUUCCAGAGGAGAAACCGGGACACAAGGCGCUGAUGGUCUCAUUGGUUUACCAGGACUUAAAGGAGAUAAAGGAAGUUUUGGUUCACCGGGAUUACUAGGACUUCCUGGUGUGAGAGGAUUACCCGGAGAACCUGGACAUAAAGGAGAGAGAGGCACAUCUGGACCAAUCGGUCCUGAAGGUCCACCAGGACAUAUUGGAGAGCGCGGUCCACAAGGAGAAGUUGGACCCCCUGGCCCUCCUGGAGAACCAGCAGAACGAGGCGAUCCAGGUCCUCCUGGUCCCGUUGGUGAGCCCGGAGCUCAUGGUAAUCCAGGCGAAAGAGGCCCUCAUGGAUUACAGGGCUCGCAAGGUUUUCCAGGUCCACAAGGAUUAAUUGGACUUCCUGGUCUGAAAGGCGAUCGCGGAUAUCCAGGUUUAAAAGGAGAACAAGGAAAUUCAGGACUACCUGGCAGUCGCGGCGAGAUUGGAUUACCUGGACCUAUUGGACUUACUGGUGCUAAGGGAAUUAGAGGUGAACCUGGUGCACGAGGUGAACCCGGUUUAAUGGGUCCACCUGGUAUCGUGGGACAUGUUGGGCCAUCAGGUCCACCAGGGAACAUGGGAUCACCUGGUGCUCCUGGAUUGCCCGGUGUCAAAGGUGACGCGGGCGAUACUGGACGUCCUGGAAAUCCAGGUCCAAUUGGUAACCCUGGUCUACCUGGAAUAGAUGGAAUUAAAGGUGAAAGUGGAUCCCCAGGCCCUCAAGGACAGAUAGGUCCUCAAGGACCUCAAGGUCUACCCGGGGAGAGAGGUUUAUCAGGAUUACCUGGUUCUCCUGGCCCAAUAGGAAAUAGAGGAUUACGCGGAGCACCCGGUGAAACAGGACAAGCCGGCAGACCAGGAGCGGAAGGUCCACCCGGACCUCCUGGUUUAGUAGGUCCUCCGGGUGCUCUUGGUCACAUAGGAGAAACCGGCCCAGAAGGACCAGUUGGAAAACCAGGACCACCGGGUAUAGGAGGCCGACCAGGUGAUAAAGGACCGCCUGGAGUAUCUGGUGCUGCAGGACCAAUAGGUUCUCCUGGAUUAUCAGGACCGCCUGGCCCUAUUGGACCUACCGGACCUACUGGAGAACGUGGUCCAAAAGGUGAAAUGGGACCACAAGGUGUGGAAGGUCCACAGGGACCACGAGGAAAACCUGGUCCAGCUGGUCUCGAAGGAAUAAAAGGAGAUCGCGGAGAGGAGGGGCAGAAAGGGGCCAAGGGACAUCGAGGAUUUACUGGUUUACAAGGAUUGCCUGGAGCUCCUGGUUUAGUAGGAGAAAAGGGUAUACCUGGUUUACAAGGACCUCCUGGUAAAGAUGGAGAACCAGGUGUUAGAGGUAAUCCUGGACGGGAAGGUAGUCCAGGUCCCAUCGGACCUGCGGGAAAUCCCGGACCAAGAGGUCCACCCGGGGAAGAAGGUCGACAUGGAUUAAUAGGUCCCCCAGGACCUCCUGGACCACCUGGUCCUCCUGGGGAUGUCGGUUUUGGUUACGAUGCUGCAUCUCUAGCAGCAUUUAUAGGACAAGGCCAAACAAAAGGACCAGAUUCACUCGGUGAUGAACCACCAAGAAUAUUUAGUAAAGAUAUCACUGAAAAGGAACGAAGAGAGUUACUUUUGAAAGCGUAUGAAAAUUUAAAAUCGUCGUUCCAAAAAUUGGUGAAGCCAGAUGGUGAAAAAAAUUCGCCUGCUAAAACCUGUCGUGAUCUAUUUGUUGCCUACCCGGAUAAAUUAUCUGGCGAGUACUGGAUUGAUCCAAACGAAGGGGAUAUUCGAGAUGCAAUCUUGGUAUAUUGCGAUGCUGAAAAACGCGCAACUUGCAUUUUACCGAAUCCGUCACGUUCACCAAAUAUCACUCACAUCACUGAGCAACAGGAGACUUGGCUGAGCGAAAUAGAUAACGGCAUGAAGAUUACAUACAAGGCGGACAGUAAUCAAAUCAGUUUCCUGCAAUUGCUUUCGAAACACGCAAAUCAGAACAUCACGUAUCAUUGCAAAAAUAGUGUGGCUUACUUCGAUUACGAGAGAAAAACGUACAGAAGGAGCUUGAAGCUUUUGGCUUGGAAUGACGCUGAAUUAUCACCACGAGGCAAUCAGCGUCUCAGAUACGAAAUGAUAAUGGAUGAAUGCAGGCUCCACCAAAACCAUUGGGGUAAAACUGUUGUUUCAUAUGAAACGGAUAAACCAGUAAGACUUCCUAUCAUAGACGUGGCUUUGCGUGAUAUCGGGAACCCAGAUCAAAGUUUUUCCAUUGAAAUUGGUCCAGCUUGUUACGAUUAAACAAAGCACUAUAUUAGACAUUGCGACAUUGCAACUGUUAUUUUAUACCUAAACAUUGUCAUUUUCAUAAUUGCAUCUACAUAAUUGCAGAUCAUAAUUUUUAUCCAAGAUUUCGUUACAUAAUUUCAUAAAGAUUUUUUUAUCGGGGCUCAAAAAGCGAAAAUAAUUGAGUAAUAGUUAUCAGAAUCUCAAAGUAUUAAUUGUAUUGCAUCUUUUCUUUUUAGAACAAAAACGCAAAGCCAUUCAAAAAAAAGUUUAUAAAUUUUUUUAAAAUGUUAUAUUUUCUCAAAAAGAUAUUCAGGUAUUUUAUAAUAUACAUAUAUCAAUUUAAAAAAUUUUCGGAGUACUUAAAUAUUAUUCAAAUAUUACAUGCCUGAAUAUUUAAGUGUAACAAUAUCCGCGCAAUAAGUAACCCAAUACACAGAAUAUCGAAGUAUUAGUGUGUACAUUAUGAUAGAUAAGUUCCAUUUAUAUCACUGUUAUUCCGUGCAGCUAUUUAGGAAAAAUAAAAUUAUGCAUAGUCAAA